AUGCUGCGUACUGUCAAGCCGAAAAACGCGCGCUCGAAGCGCGCGCUCGCCCAGCGUGAAUCGAAGGACUACGAGAAUGCGAAAACGGCUGUCUUUGUCAAGGGCCACCGCACGUCGGAAAAGGUGAACCUCGCGCUCGCCGAGCUGAGCUCGCUCAAGAAACCUGAUGCGAUUCCGUUCAACAAGCACAACGACGUGCUUCCGUUCGAGGACGCAUCGAGCAUCGAGUUCUGGGGACAGAAGAACGAUGCAAGCCUGUUUGUCGUCGGCAGCAGCCAAAAGAAGCGCCCGGAUAACCUGUGCUGGAUCCGCCUGUUUGAAGGCGAGGUGCUCGACAUUCUCGAGAUGGGUAUUCUGGAUUCCAAGAGCAUGAAGGAGUUCAAGACGUCGAAGCCGAGCGUCGGAAUGCGCCCGCUCUUCCACUUCUCUGGUCCGGAGUUUGCGGCGGAUGCCGAGGGCGACCGCCUGACGGCGGCAGGCGCGGGCCUUGCGCCGUCGGGUGCGUUCCUUCACCUCAAGUCGCUCCUCCUCGACUUUUACCGCGGCGAGGAGCUGAACCCGAACAACAUUGCGCUCAGCGGUCUGGAAUACGUGAUCUCGGUGAGCGUCGCUCCAUCUUCGACCAAGCCAUCGGAGGAAAAGAACGAGAACGACCUCGCCAGUCUCUACCGUGCCGCUGGAAUUUCGGAAAAAAUCACGGGUGGCAGUGCCGUGCAUCGCUGCCCUCCGUGCGUGAUCAACUUCCGUGUGUACACGGCCAAGAUGAUUGCUUCGGGCACCAAGACGCCGCGCAUGGAGCUGGAGCUGAGCGGACCGUCGUUCGAUUUUGAGCUCCGCCGCAGGCUGCCGGCUAACGACCGCAUGACCCAGGCGCUGCGCAGGCCCAAGACCGUCGCGCAGAAGAACACCCAGGGCAAGGGCAAGCGCAAGAACAUCGACACGGACGAGAUGGGUGACAUGGUUGGCCGUGUGCACCUUGGCAAGCAGGAUCUGUCCCAGCUCAACGUCAAGAAGGUCAAGGGUCUUCGUGGUCCCCAGUUUGACGCGGAGGACGACAACCCUGCGUUCGACGACGAGGUGGAGUUUGACGACGACGACGAGGAGGACCUCGAGGAGUUCGACGAGGAUGACGAAGAGUAG